CAUCUAGAAAUCUUAGUCAAUGCCUCCACGCCGCAUUGAACUCCUUCAUAUCAUCUUGGUCGACCGAGAAGGAGGAGCGGCGACGCGCAAAGGAGGCGGAGGACGGACCGCAUCUCGGAGUUCUGCAGCGAGCAUGCGCUGCCCUCAAGUGGAGGAGCGGUGAUGCGCGGGGAUUGGGAGGAGCGCAUCUCCGAGCUCCCCAACAAGGUUGCGCUGCCGCUCAAGUCAGCCAUCUGCCGCGGGACGCUCCCCUCGCGGUGGCGCAACCUCUCGGUCUUGGAGCAGUGGUCGUCCGAGUCUUGCCGAGCGCGUCAUCAACGGCAGGGAUGGAGGACCAGCUCACGGUCCUCGGGAGCACCGGCAGCCCGUGUGUCAUCGCUCUGCCUCCAAGUCUCGCCGGGCGCGUCGGCGGCGGCAAGGACGGGGACCAGCUCGCGACCCUCGACAUGUACUACGAUGACCUCACGAGGAUCCCGACGUCUCUGUACAAGGCUAAAAGCUCGAUGUAGGUCGUGGAAGGCAAGAUGUAUACGCUCGGUUGCUCACCGCGACCGCGGGCCACUGUGCCUGUUCCCGGAAGCAUCCCUCACGGCCGGGAAACAGACGGUUGCUUCACUUGCUUCUAGCAUGAUGGAGGCGUGCGGUAGAAAUGCCCGAGUCCUCCCCAUGAUUUGGUCAGAUCCCACCCGUCUCACUGCAAGAUCUAGGACCAUCCGUAUUAUUGUUGCUGCACCCGUUAGAGAGAACAAAUUCCGCAGGGGUACCUCAAACGGGGCAGCAACUGGCACCCUGUUCUGGUAAAUACAGACAACAACCAUGCCCUGCCCUCCCUGUUCGAUUGUUCAGCAAGGUAUGCUUUUGUCCUCCGUUUAACUUUAAACAUUAACUGGCUGAACUCACUUAUUUUUACAUAUAAUCAUGGUUUAUUGACUCAGUUCACUCUAUUUCUCCUACGGAUAGGAGCAUCGAUGGAUUGCAUGCUUCCAGUUGCAUGGGCACUUGGUCAGAGACUUCUAUGUUUUUUUGUAAUAUAACUGGUUUGUUUUACUUAUUUAGUUAAUAAAAUGUGCAGACAACUUGGAAAAAAUAGAUAGGAAGGGGUAAUAAUUUUUUUUGAAUGGGGCCAAAAAACAGGUCCAUUUAAUCGCCGAGAGCUAAAACCGUCAGAUUUUCUUGAAAUUGUAAGAAAAUGUGUUACUUCUGAUUGUUAGUUUGCACAUAUGUGGAAGCAAUUGAUUCUUACAAAAUAUUCCGCGGCAACGCGCGGGGUAUCAUCUAGUACAUGCACAACAUUAGAAGCAUUCUCCUAGGAUCCCAACUAAUGACAUGUAUAAUGAAAAAAAACUAUAAGCAAAAAAACAUUGAAUUUGGUAUUAUUGCCUAAAUAAACGCGACCCAUGUGGGCUAAACGUGCCGCCAG